AUACUCUAAUACACUGGUUCCCGCAGCCAGUUUUGCAGUUCGAGAUUUUCUCCUCAAGAAAACGAGAAGUGAAGAUCGGAUGUACGGGCAGCAUUUCUCAUCAGCUUCAGUUCAAACUCUUGUGAGCAUAGAAUGGAAUCGCUUGUUCGCAGAUGAGACAAUGAUGUCGAACUGCAGCAAAUUCCUGUUCACAAAUGGUGUCAUCUCAACUCCUGCUGAAACUCCAUCUGCUGCAACCUUACUCGAAGCUCACCCAGGCGCAUACACAACCACCCGGACUCAUAACAAUGGAUCACAGAUCUUGUUCUGGGAAAGGCACUUGCGCAGACUCUCAAAUUCUGUGAGAAUUCUGCUCCACUCCAACCCAAAGCUUCUUUUCGAAGUCCCGAAAUCUACAGCUCCAUAUUCUUCAAUGUUAACAUCAUCACCCCUCUGGGAUUCACUGAUUCAGUCAUUGGUCAAUGAUUCUAUGAGAAAGGUUAUGCCUGCUGUGCUAAAAGAGAGGAAAAAUGAGGAGGAAUUGGCUAUCACAUCUCUUGUGAGUGGCAAUUUGGAUAGUUUUAGGGAAGCUGAGGGAUUAAAUGAGGAAAAUAUCUUUAGAAGUUUUAAUGUGUAUGUGCAUGUUGGUGGAUAUGUUCCUAAAGAAUUUGGAAUUUUGGAAAAUGGGGCACACUUGGCAGUCGUGGGUUGUGGUAGAGAGCUAGCAAAUGCAAAAUAUUCAGAUUGGGUAAGGCAGAGGAAGCUUUUGGAGAAGCUGAGGCCUCCAUCAGUUAAUGAGCUGUUGUUGUCAAAUGAUGGAGAUAAAAUUUUGGAGGGUUGUCUGACAAAUUUUUUUGUUGUUUGCUGCAAGGAAGAAAAAGGAAACACAAACUGCUUUGAAAUACAGACAGCUCCCCUCAGUGAUGGUGUUCUUCCAGGAAUUAUACGUCAAGUAAUUUUUGAUGUAUGUUCAAGAAAUGGAAUUCUGGUUCGAGAAGUUGCACCAUCAUGGUCAAAGCGUGAAAUGUGGACAGAAGCAUUCAUUUCUAAUAGCUUGAGAAUUAUGCAGCACGUGGAGACAAUUCAGUUUCCGAAAUCAAUGGAAACACUUGAAGAAAAAACUUGGAACGAAGUGAUAUGGGAGGAGAAAAAGUUCGAGGGUACUCCUGGGAAAAUCACAGCAUUCAUACAGGAGGAGGUGAUGAAAUUAGCAGGCCUAGAGGGGUACCCAGUCACUCUAUUCAAUGACUAAUAACUUCUCCAUUAAUGUUGAAUGGACUUCCAGAAUCCAUAUGGCAGAUUCUGAGUAAUUCUCUCUCAAAGAAAUAACUCAUUAUGAGUAAUGGACAUGAUUCCAUGAAGCUUCAGACACACUGAAAGGGUUCUUUACAAUUUAUCUUUAAGAGCUGAAAGUUGAGACUUAAACAUUGGUCAUGUGUGAGUGUGACUGUGCUUUUGUGUUAUCUUAUGUAGCUUUUGAUUUUUAUUUUU